AUAGCAGCUUUGGCGGCAGAGGCAGCGAGAGCAUGGCGCGGCAGCACACCCUGGGCUUCAACGUGACCAUGCCGCGCGGGGAGACCAUCACCAACACCACGCUGCGCCUCUACACGCUCAUCACCCGCGACCAGUACGCCUACAUCGGCGUGGAGCGUCGCGUGCGAGUGGAGAUGCGUGUGCCCAGGGAGGACGCGCCGCACCACAGCCACAGACACACGGCGCAAGGGGACAUGAUGGACGUGCAGGUGGCAGAAAAGGAUAUUUACGAGCUACACAACGCCUGGGAGACCUUCGACGUGACAGCCGCCGUGAGGUACUGGCUCGCCCACCCAGCCAGCCCGCAGCUCCUUCAGAUCUACAUCGAAUCGGUGUUCUCGACGGCGGGAAGCGGCGGCGAGAUGGACGUGGCCACAGUGCCCCUGACAGACAGCGAGCCGCUCCUCCUCGUCUACUCGUCCGUGAGGCACCGCAAGCAAGCACGUCAUGAGCUCAGGCUCAUGAUUUCCCACGAACGCGACGUUCAGCACAAACUAGAGAUGCAGAGGAAGAAGCGUUCAGUCGAGGGACUAGCAAGGCCUCGAAGACGGAGGAACGCCGCGGAGAUCCAGGAGGAGGAGAGCAACAUGAUCUGGGAGGGAGAGCUGGAUAUCCCAGGCCUACCUCAACACGCUCAUAAUUCACUUGGAGAUCGAGGCAAGGGUCGCCGCGGACGUAGAAGACGAGCCAAAAACGGGUGCAAGAUGAAACCGCUACGGGUCGACUUCAAGGACAUUGGGUGGGACGACUGGAUCAUCGCGCCAGUCUCCUACGAGGCAAGCCAGUGCACCGGGAAAUGUUUCUACCCACUGGCCUCGCACCUGAGCCCCACCAAGCACGCCGUGGUGCAGACGCUCAUGAACUCCGUCCACCCUGACCGCAGCACUCGCGCCUGCUGCGUCCCCACCAAGCUGGGGCCCAUCUCCCUCCUCUACUUCGAGAACAACAAAACCCCCACCUACAAACCCCAAUACGACGACAUGGUGGUGCUGGAGUGCGGCUGCAGAUAGUGGCGUGAGCCCAGCGCAUCCCUAACAGUGAGCUGGGUCACCGAAUGUAAAAACAACCAAAAAUACUCUCAAAGCGUUAUAUAAUUAAGUAAACUUGUAUAAUAGGUUGGCAUGGCACCUAGAGCUUGUGCCAUUCAAAUCAACCCUGUUAAAAAGUGUAUUUGAUAUAGAAAAUAAAUGAAAAUCAAGCAGUG